AUAUGAUUCCCUUGGCGGCUAAAAAAUAAAACAUAAAAGAUAAAUAAGAAAUCUAAUGAUUCCUUUCUCUAAGCUUCACCACUAUCUUUGAUCUGAUUUAUACCAAAAUUCCUUCUCUUUUAUUUUCUCGAUUUUGAUCUCCUUUAAAAACACCUACUUUCUUCUCUGAAAUUAGUUAUACUGUAAAGAGUUUUUUUUUUUGCAUCUGAAUUCGCCUGAUCCAGAGCUGAGAAAAGGAGAGAAUGGCGUUUGUGACCACUGCGGAAGUUUGUGACGCGAAUCAAGAGCUGAUCCGGAGUGGUCAGCUCCGAGCUUUGCAACCCAUUUUCCAGAUUUACGGGCGUCGACAAAUAUUCUCAGGCCCAGUAGUUACUGUCAAGGUGUUUGAAGACAAUGGCUUAAUCCGCCAAUUCCUCGAGGAGAAAGGAAAUGGUAGAGUUCUUGUGGUGGAUGGUGGAGGGAGUCAACGAUGUGCAAUACUCGGAGGUAACCCCGUGGUUCAAGCUCAGAACAACGGAUGGGCGGGAAUUGUUGUGAACGGAUGCAUCAGAGACGUCGAUGAGAUCAACGGUUGUGAUAUUGGGGUCAGAGCUUUGGCCUCUCAUCCCAUAAAGGCGAGUAAGAAGGGACUCGGAGAGCAACGAGUUCCGGUGAAUAUUGCAGGAGCUCGGAUUUGUGAUGGAGAAUGGGUUUAUGCAGAUACUGAUGGGAUUCUUGUCUCGCAGAUUGAGUUAUCCGUUUAAGUAAUCAUGGUUUGUCUUGUUUCUUCUUCUUUUUUGGUUGCAUUUGAUCAUCAGUUUAAACAAAACAAAAAAAGACGAAUUUGGUUUGUGUAUUUUUCUCGGUUGUCCUAAAUCAAAACCUAUGAAUCUCAUUGCUUGAGAUAUUGUUGAAUUAUAUGAUUUGAUAUGUUACCUUACUUAGAAA